GCUGGUCCCCGGGGGGGGGUCUCCGUGGGUGCCGUCUGGGGGGGUAGUUAACUAUGUGUGCGUAAUCAGCUCUGCCUCUUCCCGGGGUGUGAGUCCCAGUGUGGUCUGCGGAUCUGUGGGUCACACUGCGUGGCUUCCCAUGUCUGUGGGUGCUGCCUGUAGAAAAGGUCCCUGGGGGUGUGAAUGUGGAUCUGAGGUGUGUCUUUCAGGGCCUGUUGGACUGCAGAUGAAAUUGGAGUGAUCGGAGUGUUACUGGUGAAAGAAAGCUCUGCUCCAAGAAUUUGGGUGCCCUGAGUUUCCUUGGAAUGUGGAGGCAUCAACAUGCUGGUCUGGGAGGGGAGUUCUGGGGCCACUCCAGGAGCUGAGUUCUGUGGAGGGCGCUGAAGAUCUGGGUGGAGGGGGGUGGGCACUCUGGACACCCACUGGGCAGGAGUGGUCACCGCCCCUCCCUGUUUGUGGUGGCACUCAAGAAAAUGCUUUUGGUGCCAAGAGUAAAAAAGCCAGCCAGCACACCGCACCUCUCCUCUCCGUUUACUGGAAAGUUGGGAACAGCCUGGGCAGAGCCUAGCCCUGACUGCCAAGGGGCCAAGGGAUGAGCGGGAGCCCUCCUUCCCAAUGGCAUCUCCCCCCGGUCUGGAACUGAAGACGCUGCGCAAUGGCUGCCAGAUCCCAAGGAGACCCGCUCCUCUGGGCCCGGCGGCUCCGCCCAGGGAGGGUGUGGAGAAUGUCUGCUUUUCCUCGGAGGAGCACGAGACCCAUUUCCAGAACCCGGGGGACACCAGACUGGGCAGAUCCCCCAGCCCCCCGGGGGGUGUCCCCUCACGGCCCCGAUCCCAGCGGGACGAUCUAUCCCUGCGUUCAGAAGAGGGGCCAGGACUAGAGCCCGUGAGCCGCCCGGUGGAUUAUGGCUUUGUUUCUGCUCUGGUUUUUCUGGUGAGUGGGAUCCUCCUGGUGGUGACAGCAUACGCCAUCCCACGGGAGGCCCGCGUCAACCCUGACACAGUGACAGCGCGGGAGAUGGAACGACUAGAGAUGUACUAUGCCCGCCUGGGCUCCUACCUGGACAAGUGCAUCAUCGCGGGCCUGGGGCUGCUCACUGUGGGUGGCAUGCUUUUGUCAGUCCUGCUGAUGGUCUCGCUGUGCAAGGGGGAGCUGUACCACCGGCCCACCUUCGUCCCCGGCAGGGGCUCCAGGAAGACUUAUGGCUCCAUUAACCUGCGCAUGAGACAGCUCAAUGGGGACGGGGGCCAGGCCCUGGUGGAGAACGAAGUUGUCCAGGUCUCAGAGGCCAGCCACGCCCUCCAGGGGUCUUAAGUAAGAGCCCACCUGUCUGGCUGCUUCAGCUUCAGGGCUACAAGGCCCCCGCGAGCCUGGGGUUGCAGACUUGAGCUCCACGGAGGGCCCUGCGGAAGGAGCCUUGAGUGCUGGAGGGGGCGUCCCGGGGCCAGGCCCAGGCUGCACAUGGGAGAGCAGCCCCCCGAUCUGUUUGCAGCUUGAGGUUUUGCCUAAGGUUGGUUUGGAGGAUGGCUUCUGCUGCUAAAAAUACAAAAGUUUGGAAACCGCUGCCCUUGGAGGAUGAGGUUUCUUGGCAUUUCCGAGGAUCGAGAGCCAUUUGAAAGGCUGCCCAUCCUGUUCCUCAUGCCUUGGGGAAUUCCGGGAUCUCUGCUGUCCUCAUCGGCCAAGUGUGGGUGUUGGGCGACCUUGGAGGGACCCCCCUUUCAGCCCUGACCGUCUGUUGGGAGGUGGCUUCCCGUCGAGAGGAGAAAUCAGCACUGAGGUGACCGUCCCCUCUCCAGGCCUCAGUCCCCCUGCUGUGAAGAGAGAGGGUUGGGCUGGAUGAUCCCCGGGGCCCCUCCAGUUCUGCCCGAGGAAUGUGAGCCCCAUAGAUCUCUGACUCUGGCCACUCCUACAGGAAAGGAGGGUGUCGGGCAGCUGCUUACCAUUCUCUGUGCCAUUUUCUGGCCCAGGUCUGGUGGCCACCACCGUCACACAUGCAAACAGCUCCCACAGUCCUGCCGAAGAGCCCCCUAAGUCCCCGGGUUAGGCUGGGUUCAAGUCCAAAGUUGGCUACAACCUGAUUUUGGUCUUGGGAUCGAAUUACCCGCGGUGACCAGGUCUCAGCACGUAUCUUGCAAGGUCAAGUGCACAGGUUUCACCGAGCCCCUGGACAAGAGGGCUCUUUAUACAAAAAAAG